AUGGCUGAGUUCGAUGGAUCGUUUUUCCGAUCGCUUUCCCUAAACGAUACUUUUCAGACCGCUGCGUCAUCGUACUCGGUGGGUGAUGACAUGGAAAUAGACAAUGAGUAUGAAACCGCAAACGAGAUGGACACACAUACACCAGAGCCAAUGGUAGAAGAGCCACUAAAUGCCAGCAGCACACCCUUUGACUGGGACAAGAGGAAUGCUGUGAACAAGCUGGAGCGCUAUGUAAAAGAUCAAGAAGACCUAGAAGAAGACGACGACGACGACGAAGAAGAGGAUAACUUCGAAACCGCAGCAUCAGAUUCAUCUGCCCUUGAGUCAGAUACGACUUCCAACUCACACAACGAAACCUUCGACUCAUUGUCAGCAAUUUCAUUGUCGAUAUUGCUGCCUACAGCCCUCGGAGCCAAGUAUGCUCUCGAUAAAAGGCAGAAGUUGCUCAUGCCUCCGCCGCCAAAAGAUGAGCACCACUCUCGAGGUAUCUCAGAUGAUCUGGUAGACUCCUAUGACUUUGACGUCAGCAACAGCAUCUCACCCAUAACAAAAGUUCGAAAUAUAACUUCGUUUUCUUCCUCGUCCGACCCGAGCUCGUUAUUUGCACCAGAGAGGACUAAAGAGCAGAACAGUGACGAGGAAGACGAAUUCACCUACAACCCAAAUAAUGGAGAGUACGUGGGCCACGCCUCAGCUAGUGGGAGUGGAACCGAUUCCAGUAACAGUAGCAUAACGAGCGUAUACAAUAAUCGACCAUCAUCGUUUAUUCGCUCACGUCCUGCUGCAAAUAACCAUGUAAAUCAGUUGAGGUAUCCAUCGGUGCUCAAUUCACCCUCACUAUUCAAUAACAACCUCUCUUGGAAUGGAGGCACCCCAAUACAAGUUCACCAUCACCAUUAUUACAGCUCUCCUCAAUCCAGAGACAUGUUCGACAAGAGCAACAACAUCCAGUAUACGCCAAUGCUAUCUCCAUCGAAUGAUAUUCGUAACAGCCGAUUGACAAGAAUGUCACCAGGAAGGCACUCGAUCCAAGAAAAGCUACAGCUUGUGCAGUCAGAUGAGAAUUCGAAGGGUAACUACUCGCUAGGUUCAGUAUCGACGUCGUCAUCAUUCCGUGAUGAUUCCAGUUUAGUAAUAUCCAAACCUGAAUUGCCCGCUCCUUGGCAAUCCAAUUCGAGUCCACAUGAAAAGAUAACCUACAUACUAUCUUCUUAUGUGCAACUUUUCCUUAAUGUGCUUGCGACAGGGUAUGCUUCGUAUCUUUUCUAUUCCAUGAUUAGGGCAGUUCGUAGUGACAUUUCGAUCAAAGUUCAGAGGCAAAUGGCAAACACUCUUAUUGAAAUGGAAUCCUGUAAAAGGAAGUACUACUUGAAUAAUUGUGAACCAGACAAAAUAGUUCCGGGAUUGGAAGAACAAUGUACGAUAUGGUUAAAAUGCAUGCACCAAAACCCAGACGAAGGAGGCGGCAACAUGUCCAUGAUAAGUGCAGAGCACUUUGGGAUGAUUUUGAAUUCAUUAAUAGAACCGUUGGGCUUGAAGUUCUUUUGUAUGUGUACAGGGUUUGUGUUUGUAUUGUUCAGUUUCAAUUUUAUAUUUGGAUAUUUCAGAGCCAAGGCGUACUAUGGAUGGGAGGAAGGAAGCAAGAGUGAGGCUUUACUGAGGCAGAAGUAA